UUAGUCAAAAUGUAGAGAACCUGUUAGGUUAAUAAUGUUAGACUAGUGCUGAGUGGACCAACUGUAAUUAAAGAUUUUUAUGUCUGAAAAGAAGAAACAAUGAAAUCGCUUCUUAAGUUGCUCAUUGGGGUCAGAAGAUUUGCCUUUGAGAAACAAAACAACAGUCCGUCUCUUCAGUAUAUGGGGAGACCUUCUUUAUCCAGAUUCUACUGAACUCCAGGGGACUGAAUGUUGUGAGAUGCUUCAGCUACAACAUGACUUCAUCCCCUUACUUCCAACACGGAAACAGCAGACACCCAGUGUCGCCCCGUUCCAUCAUCAUCACACACCGACAUCAUCUUCUUCAUCCCCAUGUCCUUGCUCUUUCCUUCCACAACCUUCAAGUCUUCUCAGACUGCAUGGAAAUGGUCUCCUGAGGAUCCUCCUCACCCUCCUUACUGCUCUGUGCAUACUGCCCUGCCAAACGCAUGCAGUCUUGUUUCGGGUCGGAGUGGUUGGACCGUGGGGGUGUGACCGGCUCUUUGCCAAGGCACUUCCAAAUGUUGCGGCACAGCUGGCGGUAAAUCGCAUCAACAGAGACCCUUCGCUGUCCUACGCUGCUACGUUUGGCUAUGCCGUGCUGCAGGAGCCUUGUGAAACAUCCAGGGCACUGGAGGCAUUUGUGGGUUUCCACACAAAGGCCUCUGGUUACAUUGGACCAGUCAACCCUGGAUAUUGUGAUGCUGCUUCGAUGCUCAGCAAAGGCUGGAACAAAGCAAUAUUUCCUUGGGCUUGUGUGGGCUAUGAGUUAGAUGAUGUCCGUAGCCAUCCAACGUUUGCCCGAUCUAUGGCGAGACCCACCGCAGUGCUGCACAGUGUCAUGACCUACUUCAGGUGGGCUCACAUUGGCAUCAUCUCUUCUUCUGAUGACAUCUGGGUGGAUACAGCAACCAAGGUGGCGGACUCUUUAAGAAGCCAUGGGAUGAACGUCAGAUUUGUCAGUUUUAUGGAAAACACACCUCAUGGCAUUAGGCGAACGCUGGCCAAGGUCCGCAAGAUGAAGGAAAUACGAGCUGUGAUCCUCUGCAUGCACUCGGUACUCAUCGGCGGUUUGGCCCAGAAGCUCCUCUUGGAAACAGCCUACGACAUGCAGAUGAUCGACGGCUCCUUCGUGUUUGUACCUUAUGACACUUUGCUCUACAGCCUGCCAUACAUUAAUGCAACCUACCCUACUGUGAAGAACAACAGCAAACUGCUGCGGGCCUACGAUGCCAUGUUGACUAUCACCAUCGACUCCCCCCAGGUGUCAUUCUAUGACGCCUACAGAGAAGCUAUGGAGAGAGGAGAGGUGGCAAGAACGUUGAAGCCCCAACAGGUAUCCCCUCUGUUUGGAACCAUCUACAACUCUAUUCUGUUCAUGGCUCAUGCAGUGCAUCGCGUUCGUCAGUCCGGGGUAUGGAUGUCUGGAGGAAACCUGGCACAACAUAUACGCAAUUUGGAUUUCCAGGGCUUUAGUCACCAUAUCAAAACCAGCAGCUCUGGAGCCGUUCAGCUGGACUACCUCAUCCUGGACACAGAUGGAUCUACCUUGAAUCUCAUGCCAACAUACAAGAUCGACAUGGAGAUCAGCAUGGUUCGCUUCCUGGGUCGAGACAUUCACUUCCCACAAGGCUAUGGGCCCAGGAGGGAUGCUGCCUGCUGGUUUACUCCCGGGGUCAUCUGCUCAGGAGGAGUGGAUCUGCUCUUGACUUUCAGCAUGUUCUUUGGUUCUAUUGCUGCUUCUGUCUUCGCAGUGGCUCUCCUGUACUGCAUCAAGCGACGCGUCAAUCAGAUUCGAAUGGUCAGAGGUCCCAACAAGAUCCUGCUUACUCUCCAAGACGUCACAUUUAUUAACCCGUCACUUAGUAACAAGAAGCUGAGCCUAGAUGACAGCAGGACUAGCGGUGACCGGAGCACGUCUGAGCGCAGCCUCAACACACCCGCCUCCUCCCAGUCUCCGGCCACAUACGAGAAUUCAAACGUUGUCAUUUUUGAGGGUGACUGGGCGUGGCUGAAGAGGCUACCUGAUGGCCGGUUUCGAAGCAUUAACCCUAAAACCAGCGAUGUUUUUGAAUUGAUGAACGACAUGCGUCACGAGAACGUCAACCCUUUCCUGGGCUUCUUCCAUGACUGCGGUGUGUUCGCCAUCGUCACCGAGUUUUGCUCCAGAGGAAGCCUGGAGGACCUGCUGCUGAACGACGACGUCAAACUCGACUGGAUGUUUAAAUCGUCUCUGCUGCUGGACCUCAUUAAGGGUAUGAAGUACCUUCAUCAUCGUGGCGUGUGUCACACCCGUCUGAAGUCUCGUAACUGCGUGGUGGACGGACGUUUUGUCCUUAAAGUGACAGACUACGGCUACAACGAGGUUCUGGAGUCACAACGGUUCCCCUUCGUUGAAUCGCGUCCAGAAGAGUUGCUGUGGACGGCUCCAGAGAUCCUGAGAGCCAGUCAUCCGGGACUCCACGGCACUCUCCCCAGUGACGUUUACAGCUUUGCUAUCAUAAUGCAGGAGGUCGUGGUCAGAGGGCCUCCGUUCUGUAUGCUGGACCUGGCUGACGCAGAAAUAUUAGAAAAGCUUCGUAAGCCUCCACCUCUGUGCCGUCCGGUGGUCAGUCCAGAUUACGCUCCUAUGGAGUGCAUCCAGCUGAUGAAACAAUGCUGGACCGAACAGCCCGACAAGAGGCCGACCUUUGAGGACAUAUUUGACCAGUUCAAAAACAUCAACAAAGGGAAGAAGACCAACAUCAUAGACUCGAUGCUGAGGAUGCUCGAGCAGUACUCUUCUAACCUGGAGGAGCUGAUCAGAGAGCGAACGGAGGAGCUUGAGAUAGAAAAGCAGAAGACAGAGAAGCUGCUGACACAGAUGCUUCCCCCAUCAGUGGCGGAGGCUUUGAUGGUGGGAGCGGUAGUGGAGCCGGAAUAUUUCGACAACGUGUCGCUCUAUUUUAGCGACAUCGUUGGCUUCACCACCAUCUCAGCCAACAGUGAACCUAUCGAGGUAGUCGACCUCCUCAACGACCUUUACACGCUGUUCGACGCCAUUAUAGGAAACCACGAUGUCUACAAGGUGGAGACUAUCGGCGAUGCCUACAUGGUGGCGUCGGGUGUUCCCGUCCCCAACGGCAACCGCCAUGCUGCAGAAAUUUCCAACAUGUCUCUGGACAUCCUCAGCGCUGUGGGAACCUUCAAAAUGAGGCACAUGCCAGACGUUCCUGUCAGAAUACGAAUAGGACUCCACACAGGUCCGUGCGUAGCAGGCGUAGUGGGUCUCACCAUGCCUCGCUACUGUUUGUUUGGAGACACGGUGACCACCGCUUCUCGAAUGGAGUCCAGUGGAAUGCCCUACAGGAUUCAUGUCCAUCAGAGUACAGUAAAGGUCCUGCAGGAACUCAAUCUUGGCUACAAGCUUCAGUUGAGGGGUCGUACAGAAGUCAAAGGAAAAGGAAUAGAAGAAACAUACUGGCUUACAGGGAGAGAUGGAUUCACCAAACCUCUGCCGGUUCCUCCAGAACUUAAGUCAGGGCAAAUGGCCCAUGGGCUGCAGAUGGCCGAGAUAGCCCAGUACAAGAAACGGAAAGCCGAGAAACAACAGCAGGAACAACUUGCAAAGAAGAAAAACUGAGGUGCAGAUCUUUCGACGCUUCAAAGAUGUCAUUGGCUGAAAACAGGGACAUGAAGCAGGUGUUUCACAAGGCAGUAAAGAAGAUCUCUCACGUCCGCGUUGUGACGCAGCUUUACGUGCCCGAAGACGACCACAAUG